AUGCUGGGCACAGCAGUGCAGCUUUCAAUCCUGCUCAGCCUCCUCACCUUUGGAAAAGGCCAGAUGUUCCACAUGGGACCAUGCCCAGAUCCACCAGUCCAAGAAGACUUCGAUAUCAACCAGUAUUUGGGGAAAUGGUACGAGAUAGAGAAGCUGCCCUCAAGUUUUGAGAAAGGAAGCUGCAUCCAGGCAAAUUACUCUCUGAAGGAGAACGGGAAGUUCAAGGUGAUCAACAAGGAAUUGCUUUCCAAUGGCAAAGUCAAUGAAGUUGAAGGAGAAAUCAUGCACAUGGAUGUCAGGGAGCCAGCCAAGCUGGGAGUCCGCUUUAACUGGUUCAUGCCUUCUGCCCCUUACUGGGUCAUCUCCACUGACUAUGAAAACUACUCGCUGGUUUACUCCUGCACCAAUAUACUCUGGCUCUUCCACAUUGACUAUGCCUGGAUUAAAUCAAGAGCUCCUGAGAUGCACCCAGAAACUGUGGACCACCUGAAGAGCAUUCUCCAGUCCUACAAGAUUGACACUGAGAAAAUGAUGCCCACGGAUCAAGUUAACUGCCCUCCUGAGAUGUAA